AUGGAUGAUAAUGAACAAGAUAAAUCAACAGACUUAUUAACGAAUAAAUCAUCAGUAAUAUUUUCGAACGGAAUAAAUUCAUCUACAUCAUCUGUUAACAUUAGUGAACAAGAAAUCGAUCUAAAUCAUGACUCUAAAGAGAAUGAAACUCAAAAUCAGAUUGAAGAAAAUAAUGAUGAUGAAUUUAUUCGUAUAACAGCAGCGCAUCAAAUACUUAUUGAAGCUCAAACAUAUGAUGAACAAAAAAGUUAUACAUCAGCACUUCAUCUUUAUCGUAUAUGUGUUGAUUUUCUUCUUGAAGAAUUAAUGUUUGCAGAAGGUACUGAACAAUCUCGUAUUUAUUUACGUGAAAAAUGUUCGGCUAUUAUGGAUCGUAUUGAUUUACUUAAAACAAAACUUGAUCCAGUUCCAUCAUCCGUCGCAACUCAACAAUCAACUAAUAAUCUCCCCAUUGAUCAAUUCGAAACCCUUAAUUUAUCUUAG